UUUUUUUUUUUUUUUUUUUUUUUUUUGUAAAUAGCAAUUGGAUAUAGCUAUAAAAUAGCUGGAUUUAUAGGUUUUUGUUAAAUAUACAUGUAAAAUAGCAUAUAUAUACAAGGGUAUUUUGACGUAAUAUACAUAUAAAAAUUAUCAAAAUUCUUUUUCUAGUGUAAUCGCUAUUUAUAAAAUAGCCGUCGCUAUUUGUUGCUAUUCGCUACGUGGCCUAUAGGUGCCUUGUCGCUUUUUGUCGCUAUUCGCUAUCGACAACUAUGCGUCAAUUUGUUUGACUCAUUUAGCUAAAGAACGAUUCAACCCACGAACCAAACAUGAUUGCCACAUGUAAGUACAUUUAAGUUUACCUCCAAACGGUUCCAUUUAGUUUCCAUUCAAACAAUUGUCGAACUCUUACCUUAUUUUCGUUCUUUUAAGUUCUACAUAUGUGCAUUUCCAAACAAAUGAUUGUAAAGCCUACUACAAUAUAACGACACUUAGGGAAAUUGAAAUUGAACAAAGGAACUCGAAAUGGCGCUAUAAGUAUCAGGCCUUGUGGCGCGCCAUUUGUUAUAUGCUUUAAAUUUAAAUUUACAAAUGAUAAUUCAUUCACCCAAUUUAUUAAAUUUCUGAUUUUAUUUUUGGAAAAAAACAACUAAUAUAUACUCACAUGGUAUUUAUGAAAUUUAGCUAGAUAAGCAUGGAUUAAUAAAAUUAACAUAAAUGCUACUCCUCACCUAAAAUGCUUAUCAUAUCUGAUUACGCACAUUGUCUGAUAACAGUAUUUGACUAUACUAAAAUGUCCAAAAUGCCCUUUAUCAAGCGCAAAACAAGUGCAAUAGGCAAACAUGUAGAAAUGCGCGAAACUUUAACGCUGCGAUUUCUUUUAAUAUAAUGUAAGCUUGAUGCCAAUUUUGUUAAAAUAUUCAAUCACGGCUAAAAGUUCUCCAUAAAAGGGAAGUUGGAAAUUAAACGCGGCGAUAUCUUUUAAUAAAUUUCGAAAAACGACAAAAUAAGUUUAAACAUGCACCCGCGCUGGUUCGCGGGUAGUCACAACUCACAACGGUCCCUUACCUAAAUGGGUACACAAGGUAUGGUUGAUGCGUGUAGGGUUUCCAUCAUUAUAAAUAGCAACGUCAACACAUAGUUCAUCCACACCAUUCUGUUUUUGUCUUAGUUCUCAUAUCUGAGAUAGAGACAAAAAACCUUAACAUUCUCGUCUUCUCUUUUUAUCAAAAUCAUGGUCCGAAGCAAGAUAGAGCUUAAGUACAUUGAGGAUGUUCAAAGGAGAAGGGUGUGUUUCUCAAAAAGGCGAAGCGGCUUGAUGAAAAAAGCCCAGGAAUUGGCUGUGCUUUGCAAUGCUGAAAUCGGCGUUAUCGUCUUUUCAGCUACUGGCAAACUGUAUGAGUUUGCUAGUUCGAGCAUACAGCAAAUCAUAAGGAGAUACAUCACAAGUACUGGCGCCUGGCCUGAUGAUGCGUCACGCCUUUUGGCACAAAGAGCAGAGGAGGUAAGAAACCUAAAAAGGGAUGUGGCGAGGCUGGAAUCGGAAAACAGGUCACUGAAGGAGGCUCUUGAGAGGGCAGUAAGCGACAAUCAGCGCAUCAUUUAUAAUAAUUCUAACAUGGAAACCGAACUCACUUUGAGGCCACCUUCGUGGAACGUUGCGUUGCUGAAGUAGGGAUGUGGUUCGACUAGUGAAAUGGAGAUCUGUUGUUUGGAUCAUGUGGCCGGCUUUGUGUCACAAUUUUGUGUUUUACUAUUUCAGUUUGUUGUUUGAUUUAAGGUUUUAAGCAAGUUGUUGUCGUUGGAAUUCAUUUCGAACAUUUUCAGUUAUCGCGUAUGUUUCAGUAUUUUUAAUUGAUGACAUUCUAGUUCU